AUGAAGCUCGGUCGCUGUUGCCUUGGCAUCACGGUUCAUAGUUGUUUUUUUUUUUCCACUUUUUUCCUCUCUCUCUCUCUCUCUCUCUCUCUCUCUAUCUAUCUAUCUAUCUAUCUAUCUAUCUCUAUCCUCUCUCUCUUUCUCACUCACUCUUUCAGUCUCUAUCUAUCUAUCUAUCUAUAUCCUAUCUCUCCCUCUCCCUCCCUCUCUCCCUCUCUCUCUCUAUCUAUCUCUAUCCUCUCUCUCAUUCUCUCUUUCACUCUAUUCAUCUAUCUAUCUAUCUAUCUAUUUAUAUCCUCUCUCACUCACUCUUUCACUGUCUCUCUGUAUCUAUCUAUAUCCUCUCUCUCCCUCUCUCUAUCUAUCUAUCUCUAUCCUCUCUCUCACUCUCUCUUUCACUCUCUCUCUAUCUAUCUAUCUCCUCUCUCUACCUCUCUCUCUCUAUCUAUCUAUCUCUAUCCUCUCUCACUCUCUCUUUCACUCUCUAUCUAUCUAUCUAUCUCCUCUCUCUACCUCUCUCUCUCUAUCUAUCUAUCUCUAUCCUCUCUCACUCUCUCUUUCACUCUCUCUCUCUCUAUCUAUCUAUCUAUCUCCUCUCUCUACCUAUCUCUAUCUAUCUAUCUAUCUAUCUAUCUCUAUCCUCUCUCUCACUCUCUCUUUCACUCUCUCUCUCUAUCUAUCUAUAUCCUCUUUCUCCUCUCUCUCUUUCUCUCUCUCUCAGUCGUCGGUCGCUAA